AUGAAUUCAACUAUUAUACCACCUAAUGAUUCAGGUGAUAUAAUUAUUAAUUAUUUAAUUCCUGGAUUAAAUGAAUCAAUUGAAAUUCCUUUCCAUUUAUUAGAUUCAUUUCAAACUGAUCAAACUAAAUUAGCUUUAAUUAUGGGAAUAACUAUUGGUAGUUGUUCAAUGACUUUAAUUUUUUUGAUUUCUAUAAUGUAUAAAACUAAUAAAUUAUCAAAUAUUUUUAAUAAUAAUAUUAAUAUUAAAACUAUUUUCCAAUGGAUAAAUCAAAUGAUUUUUAAUGAAAAAAUAAAUUUAAAUAAACACAAACAAAAUGAUUCCUAUAAUAACAAUAUCAUUGUUGGUAAAGGAUUUUAUAAAUUAUUUUUAUUUUAUCUUAAUUCAUUAAUUUUAUUAAUUGGAAUUAUUAGAUCUGGUUGUUAUUUAAAUUAUAAUUUAGGUCCAUUAAAUUCAAUUAGUUUUGUAUUCACUGGUUGGUAUAAUGAAUCAAUAUCAACUUCAAAAUUAUCAUUUAUAUCAUCCGAUAUAACUAAUGGAUUUAAAUGUAUUUUAUAUGGUUUAGUAGAAAUUUCAUUAGGUUUCCAAGUUUAUAUUAUGUUUAAAACUUCAAAUUUAAAAAUUUGGGGAUUAAUGGCAUCAUUAUUAUCAAUUAGUUUAGGGUUAAUAGUAGUUGCUUUACAAAUCAAUUUAACAAUUUUAUCUCAUAUUCGAUUUGUUAAAGCUACCACUACAACUACCACUACAAAUAAUAAUGAAACAUCCACUUCCAUAGUAACAGGAGGAUAUGUGAUUAAUUCAAUUUGGAUGGAUUUACCAACAAUUUUAUUUUCAAUUAGUAUUAAUAUUAUGACAAUAUUAUUAAUUGGUAAACUUAUAAUUGCUAUUAGAAUUAGACGUUAUUUAGGUUUAAAACAAUUUGAUAGUUUCCAUAUUUUAUUAAUUGGUUUUAGUCAAACUUUAAUUAUUCCUUCAAUUAUUUUAAUAAUUCAUUAUUUUUAUUUAUCAAAAAGUAAAGAUUCUUUAUUACAACAAAUUAGUCUUUUAUUAAUAAUUUUAAUGUUACCAUUAAGUUCUUUAUGGGCUCAAACAGCUAAUAAUAUUCAUAAUAUUAAUUCAUCUCCAAGUUUAUCAUUUAUAUCUCGUCAUCAUCUGUCUGAUAAUAAUUCUAAUAUCAAUACAAUUGUUAAUGGAAACAAUAAUCAUCUUUAUAAUAGCAACAGCAACAGCAACAGCAACAGCAACAGUAAUGGAAAUGGAAAUGGUAAAUUUUCAAAAUUAAAUACUAAUGGUUCUUCUCCAUUCACUUUAAAAGGAGAUUCAGGAUCUUUAAUGUUACAAAUGACCAGUAAUAGCAACAAUGGUAAUAAUGGUAAUAUUAAUGCUGGUAAUGUUAAUGCUGGUAAUAAUUUUUCAAUCCCAGUUUCAGGAAUUGAUGCUCAAUUACCUCCUGAUAUUGAAAAAAUAUUACAUGAUGAAGAUAAUAUAAAUAAUUAUAAAUUACUUAACAUUAAUAAUGAAAAUAUCAAUGAUGGAGAUAUUAUAAUUAAUGAUGAAGGAAUGAUUACUAAACAAAUUACCAUUAAAAGGGUUUAA